AACAAAAGACCUGAGUAAAAGAAAACAUUACUUUUUCUGUUACUGCAUUUUAUAAGACUUAAGAAACAAAGAUUUUCAAACUCAAGCAUUUAAAGAUGUUUAUGUUGCUGCUUUUAUAUGAUCUCGGGCUAUAAUCUACAGAAAGAUCUAGAAGAGGUGAAGGUGCUCCUGGAAAAGACCACUAGAAAGAGAGUACGUGAUGCCCUUACAAGUGAAAAAUCCAAGAUUGAGACAGAAAUCAAGAACAAGAUGCAGCAGAAAUCACAGAGGAAAGCAGAACUUGACAAUGAAAAGCCAGCUGCUGUGGUUGCUCCCAUUACAACAGGAUAUACAGUGAAAAUCAGCAAUUACGGAUGGGACCAAUCAGAUAAGUUCGUGAAAAUCUAUAUUACCUUAACUGGAGUUCAUCAGGUCCCCACUGAGAAUGUGCAGGUGCAUUUCACAGAGAGGUCAUUUGAUCUUUUGGUAAAGAAUCUAAAUGGGAAGAGUUACUCCAUGAUUGUGAAUAAUCUCUUGAAACCCAUCUCUGUGGAAGGCAGUUCAAAAAAAGUCAAGACAGAUUCGGUGAUUAUCUUAUGUAGAAAGAAAGUGGAAAACACACGGUGGGACUACCUGACUCAGGUUGAAAAAGAAUGCAGAGAGAAAGAAAAGCCUUCCUAUGAUACUGAAACAGAUCCUAGUGAGGGAUUGAUGAAUGUUCUAAAGAAAAUUUAUGAGGAUGGAGAUGAUGACAUGAAGCGAACCAUCAAUAAAGCCUGGGUAGAAUCAAGAGAGAAGCAAGCCAAAGGAGACACAGAAUUUUGAGCCUUUAAAGUCCUUUUGGGAACUGUGAUGUGGAAAUAUUGAUGUUUCCAGUAAGGACAUGUUGGUGAGCUACACAGAUAAGUUUAACAGAUAUCUUUACAGAACCUUCUUCUAGAUGAAGGCAGUGAAUUCUCCAUUUCCCACUGGAAGAUUUAUUUAAAUAAAAUAUGCUUAUUAAACACUUCCUCCAAAGAUGGUUUCCUUAGUAACCUGGUGAUUUUGUUCAAGAAGGGAUAAUAUUGCAUACUCUGUGAAAUGUAAAGAAGCAGAUCAUACCUAAUGAAAAUGCCACACUGUGUAUUUUUGUUCAGCUAAAAGUUAACAAAAAUUAUUGCGUGUUUUUAAGUUCCUGACAUCAGUUCUCACCAAUGUAAGAAUAAGUAAAAAAUAAAACCUGAAUUUUUACAUAAAAUGCAAA